CGCCUGUCACCACAAUAAACUCACCACUAGAAAUAUCUCAAAUCCCCACCCCUCUAAAUUCACACACUUUCUCUUUCUCUCUUACCCUAAUUCCAUUUUCCAUUUCAAUUUUUCAAAUUCCUCCAAAAAAGAGAGAAAAUGAGAGAAAUCUUACACAUUCAAGGCGGCCAAUGCGGUAACCAAAUCGGUUCCAAAUUCUGGGAAGUUAUCUGUGACGAGCACGGCGUUGAUCCUACCGGCCGUUACAAAGGCACCGCCGCUGAGUCAGAUCUUCAACUUGAACGUAUUAAUGUGUAUUUUAACGAAGCUUCUGGUGGUCGUUAUGUUCCUAGGGCUGUUCUUAUGGAUCUGGAGCCUGGUACUAUGGAUAGUAUCAGAUCUGGUCCGUACGGACAGAUCUUUCGACCUGAUAACUUCGUUUUUGGUCAGUCCGGUGCUGGUAAUAAUUGGGCUAAAGGUCAUUAUACUGAAGGAGCGGAGUUGAUUGAUGCUGUUCUCGAUGUUGUUCGUAAAGAGGCUGAGAAUUGUGAUUGCUUGCAAGGAUUCCAGGUUUGUCACUCACUUGGUGGAGGGACUGGAUCUGGCAUGGGAACUCUAUUGAUUUCCAAGAUAAGGGAGGAGUAUCCAGACAGAAUGAUGCUCACAUUCUCUGUUUUCCCAUCUCCAAAGGUGUCUGACACCGUUGUAGAACCAUACAACGCUACACUGUCUGUGCAUCAACUGGUGGAGAAUGCUGACGAAUGCAUGGUCCUUGAUAAUGAAGCCUUAUAUGAUAUUUGUUUCAGGACUUUGAAGCUCACUACUCCAAGUUUUGGUGACUUGAACCAUUUGAUCUCUGCAACCAUGAGUGGUGUUACCUGCUGUUUGAGAUUCCCUGGUCAGCUGAACUCAGACCUGAGAAAGUUGGCUGUGAAUUUAAUUCCCUUCCCACGUCUUCAUUUCUUCAUGGUGGGCUUUGCACCAUUGACCUCUCGCGGAUCGCAGCAAUACAUUUCCCUCACAGUGCCAGAGCUUACUCAACAAAUGUGGGAUGCCAAGAAUAUGAUGUGUGCUGCAGAUCCCCGUCAUGGACGCUACCUGACAGCUUCUGCCAUGUUUAGGGGAAAGAUGAGCACAAAGGAAGUGGACGAACAAAUGAUCAAUGUGCAGAACAAGAACUCGUCCUACUUUGUUGAAUGGAUCCCUAACAAUGUGAAGUCUAGUGUAUGUGAUAUCCCACCAACUGGGCUGAAGAUGGCAUCCACAUUUGUUGGCAAUUCAACCUCCAUUCAGGAGAUGUUUAGGAGAGUGAGUGAGCAGUUCACAGCUAUGUUCAGGCGCAAGGCCUUUUUGCAUUGGUACACAGGUGAAGGUAUGGAUGAAAUGGAGUUCACUGAAGCCGAGAGUAACAUGAAUGAUUUGGUUGCAGAAUAUCAACAAUACCAGGAUGCUACAGCAGAUGAUGAGGAAGAGUAUGAAGAGGAGGGCGCUGAGGAGCAUUAUGAAUCUUAAAAACAUUUCUAAAUUCAAUAUUGCUGCUUUUGUUAAGUUUCUGCCAAGUGGACUUGUUAUUGUUUCUAUUGUCUCCUUUUCACUUGAACUUUCUGUUUUGAUUUGGUGAGAAUUGAAUAUUGAAAUGUUUCUUAAUGGUCUGAAUAUGAGCUACUGUAUUACAGUAGCUUCUUAAAGAGUAAAGGGUGAUGGUGUUUUGCAGUUAUCUCGCUGUUUCUGUCACUCAGUUGGGAUAACUUUUAACAGCAUUAUACUCCUAUUAUUAUAUA